UACGCAUCCAAUUUUAUUACCGGUAUCUCUAAAACCCUAAAAAUCCUGAAAUCCCCCUUUUCACCAGGGUUUAAGCACGCACUUCACUAUCAUUCAAUCGAUGGCAAUUUCAAGACUAAGCUUUGCUUGUAGACAUGGAUUCCAUUAUAGUCCAUCUCUUUUUCACUGCUUUCAAAAAGUUAGAUUCAGCUCAGUUGCAGCAAUUGAAACCCUUUUUGAUCAAGAUAAUGUUAUUAAAGACAAAAAUCAAAAUUUGGGGGAUCCUAAGGCGCUGGAGUGGAAGAAAUGGAGUUCCAAGGAACUUGGAAUCAGUAAUUCAACGAUUUCAAGGCCUACAAAGAAGGUUCUUGAUGGACUUAAGAAAAAUGGAUACGAGGUUUAUCUCGUGGGAGGUUGUGUCAGGGACCUUAUUUUAAAGAGAAAACCGAAAGAUUUUGAUAUAAUCACAUCAGCUGAGCUUAAAGAGGUAGUAAGGACAUUUCCGCAGUGUAUAAUAGUUGGCAAGCGGUUUCCCAUAUGUCACGUGCACAUUGGGGAUACUAUUGUUGAGGUUUCGAGUUUUAGCACCACAGGACCGAAGUUCAGGGUGGAUUUGAGCAAUGCCAUCAGUCCUCCCAUUGAUUGCGAUGAGAAGGAUUAUGUUCGUUGGAAGAAUUGUUUGCGGCGAGACUUAACAAUAAAUGGGUUGAUGUUUGAUCCAUAUAAAAGAAUAGUGUAUGACUAUGUGGGAGGUCUGGAAGAUAUUAAAAAGGCUAAAGUGCGGACUGUGGUCCCAGCUAGUACUUCCUUUCAAGAGGACUGUGCUCGCAUUCUGCGUGCAGUAAGAAUUGCUGCUCGUUUAGGAUUCCGUUUUACAAGGGAAACAGCUCACUUUAUCAAAAACCUUUCUCGCUCGUUAUUAAGACUUGACAAUCAAAGGAUCAUGAUGGAGAUGAACUACAUGCUAGCAUAUGGUUCUGCUGAAGCUUCUUUGAGGAUAUUAUGGAAAUUUGGACUUCUUGAACUUCUUCUGCCCUUCCAGGCAGCAUACUUUGUUCGUGAUGGAUUUAAGAGACGGGACAAGAGAUCUAACAUGCUUUUGUGUCUGUUUUCUAACUUGGAUAAACAUCUUGCACCUGAUAGGCCAUGCCACAACAGCUUAUGGGUUGGGAUCUUAGCGUUUCAUAAAGCAUUAUCUGACCAACCAAGGGAUCCUAUGGUGGUUGCAGCAUUUUGUCUUGCUGUCCACAAUGGUGGAGAUAUUUUAGGAGGGGUAAAAAUGGUGAAGAAGUUCACCAAGCCCCAUGAUGUUAGCUUCCAUGAGUUAUCUGAACCUCAGAAUCUUAACUCUGAAGCACUGGUUGAUGAGGUUGUGGAUUUCGCAGCGUCUGUUAAACAAGUUCUAUAUUGGAUGACCAAUGAGUAUUGUGUUUCACAGGCAAUGGCAGAGUACCCUCAAGCACCAUGUUCAGAUUUGGUAUUCUUUCCAUUGGCAGUGUAUUUAAAAGUGUGCAGGAUUUUUGAGUGUUCAAGAGAGCGCUCACAGAAAGCAUUUAUGCCAAAGCAAGGUAGAAAGAUUAAUUAUGAGAUGUUGGCUUUGGGAAGCCUGCAAGAAGUUCGGCAUACUUUUGCGAGGGUUGUCUUUGAUACUGUGUUCCCGCUCAAUUUAACCUAAACCUGGACCCCAAAAUCCUAAACUAAGAGAAAGUUGAACUGCAAAGGCCUGCAAUAUGAAAUGAAGAUAUCAUGGGAAAGCCUCAAUUAUUCGACCUGCUUCCUAAUUUGGAUGAGUCUUAUUCUACAUGUAAUUUUUUCCUUGAUUUGUUUUCUCAUGUACAUAAAGUACACUCAAUUACAGGAAAGGAUUGAUUUCCAUGUUCUUUGUACACAAGCUCUCGCUCUCAUGAAAUUGGCGAAGCCGAGAUUUUUUUUAUAUUGGAACUGAAGUGCCUGCCUCACACCAGUAUUUGACA